AGUGCUACCCAUGCACUUGCCUCACUUGAGUGGGGAUUUGAAAUGUAAUGCGCAUGUUCAUAGUGCUCCGCCUUGUUCCACUGGGAUAAUCGUCUUCCACUGUGAGAAACUUGGCCCGUCCAUGAAUUACAUUUGAUCUUAUUGUAUUUCUGGUCCUCGGUAUGGACUCUCAAAAAGAGGCCCUACAAAGGAUAAUUACAACGUUAGCUAACAAAAAUGAGGAACUGCACAAUUUCAUCGAGACACUUAGUCACUCCUUGGCGGGUGUGCAGGUGAACUCCACACAAGUCAUCUCGGACCUAGAGGAGGAGUUUGACACAUUAUUCUCCAUCCUGGACGAGAUGAAGGAGAGCAUGACCAACACCAUCAAGCAGGAGCAAGCCAGAAAGUCACAUGAGCUCCAGAACCAGUUAACGCAAAGCACGAAUGCCUUGGAGAGUGCCGAGGAGCUUCUCGAGUUCGCAAACAACGCUCUUCACAUCAAAGAUGAAGACGAGUUUGCAAAGGCUGCCAAACAGAUCAAAGAUAGGGUAACGAUGGCACCGGCAUUCCGCCUGACGAUGAAGCCCAAGGCUACAGAUAGCAUGACGCACCUGAUGGCGGACUUCAGCCAGGAGAAACAGCUUCUACAGAACCUCAACUUCCUCCCUGUUCCUAGAGCGCCGGAGAUUGAGGCCCAGAACUGUCUAGUGAUGGACAACACGGUGAACUUGGUCUGGAGGAUGCCGGUGGAGGACAGCAAGAUAGACCACUACAUCCUGGAAUACAGGAAGACGGAGCAUGAGGGCCUGCCACGCGUCAAGGACGAGAGAUGCUGGGAGGUGGUGGACAACAUCAAGACUACAGAGUAUACGCUAACAGGGUUGAAGUUUGACUCUAAAUACAUGAACUUCCGGGUACGAGCGUGUAACAAGGCUGCUGCUGGCGACUACUCGGAUCCAGUUACCUUAGAAACAAGAGCGUUCAACUUCAGCCUUGAGUCGUCGUCUUCGCACCUGAACCUGAAGGUGGAGGAGGGCAAUGUGGAGUGGGACCCUCAGGGGGGCAAGGGGCUGGAGAGCAAGAUCAAGGGCAAGGAGAACAAGGGGAGCGCACACCUUGCCAAUCUGAAGAACAUGUCAAGAAGUGGGACGCCGUCUCCUAAGAGAGCGUCGAGUGCGCGGUCGCCGGCGGUAAGAGGAGGCCGGGAUCGCUUCACCGGGGAGUCCUACACCGUGCUGGGUGACACGAGUAUGGAGUGCGGGCAGCACUACUGGGAGGUCAAGGCCCUGAAGGACUGCAAGUCGUACAGCAUCGGCGUGGCCUACCGCAACCUGGGCAAGUUCGAGCAGCUGGGCAAGACCAACACGUCCUGGUGCAUCCACAUCAACACCUGGCUGCAGACCUCCUGCGCCGCCAAGCACAACAACAAGGCCAAGAGCCUGGACGUGGCCGUGCCCGAGCGGAUAGGCGUCUACUGCGACCUGGACGGAGGUCAGCUCUCCUUCUACAAUGCAGAAAGCAAACAGCUCCUGCACACGUUCAAGACAAAAUUCAGCCAGCCUGUAGUACCAGCAUUCAUGGUGUGGUGCGGAGGCCUGACCCUCUCCACGGGGCUCCAGGUGCCCAGUGCGGUCAGAAGUUUCCAGAAGACGGAGAACGGCAUCGGCGGUUCCAGCGGCAGCCUCAACAGCAUGGCCCAGUAGUACCACGGCCACCCACCCCUUAUGAACUCGCCUCCUCUCCCUCCUCUUCUAUAUGGAGCCGAGGGCACGUCUCUCCAUAGGACUUGAGAUGCAUAAAAAAACCCAACCAAUGGGAGUCAAGGAAGAGACAUUUUCUGGACUUCCGUUCAUUGAUUAUUGGAUAAUGGGUCCCAUGGAAGGAUGUGACUUAGGCUCUAUAUUACAUCACCACAUUCGUGAAGGUUCUAAAACAAUCAAAACCCAGCAAAUUGAUACACAUUGUGACUGAAAAAAUGACAAAACAUUCUGGUUAGAUGAGCUGCAUUUCGAUGCUGCAUUAAUUUCUUCAGUUUUUAACAUUUUUGCGCCAUCACGAAUGCGGUGACUGUCUAGGUGACCCCCCCCCCCCCUUUUUUUUUUCAAGCCACUCCCCCAUUACAUCCUGUGCACUUCCUGAAGAGAGCCACGGCCAAUGAGCUUGGACCUUGUGAUGUGAAGCAUUGUGGAAAAUGUAACUGUCCGUACGUGACGUUCGAGCAGCUCGCCUCACCUUCACUCUAACUGGAGACUUGUGUCCCCCCUACUGGACAGACACCUCUCUCUCUUCUCAAUAUUUGAGAGAUUUGUUUUCUGGCUCUCUUUUGUCUUUCGGGGAACAUUUGCAUCAGGAAUGCUAGCUGCUUAAUCAGGGAAUAGAUGAGUGCACUUUUUCCCUUCUCAUUUUACUCAGUUUCUAGGCUGAAUGCUGUUUUUUCUGUCCUUGUUAUUAUUAUUUUUAUUUUAUUUUAUUUUUUAGAUUUUCAUUUCUUAUAUGUGUUCUGUUCAGGCAUGAUCCAGUGUCCUUCACCUGCUGAUACCGUUUUAUUCUACUACUAUUAUGCUUCAAAAUAAUAUCAGUGUAAUGGUUAUGUGUGUAUGUGGGAGUGCUUGUGUAUGGGUGUUUGUGUGUGUGCUUGUGUGUGUGUAAUUGUUGUUUGCUGGGACUAUGGCUGUAACCAUCGAUUCAAUUCGAGGCAUUUUUCCUUGAAUCCUUAUAGCCAGUUCUCAGCUCAUCAGAGUAACCUUGUCACCUUCAAACAAACAAACAAAAUGUUUACGCUAUGUACAGAAUCUGAAGUGGAGAGGUUUAACUGCAGAAGACUUUUUGCACAGUGUAUAAUAACGUAGUGCUGCUUAAUACUGUACAACCCAAAUAUUGUUGAUGGUUCAUUUCUCCCUCAGCCUAGACUGGAACAGGACAUGCACCUGCAAACCCUGGACUCUGACUCGUUUUGUAUGAACUGUUGGAGAAGUUGAGUCUUUUGUUAUGGUCACCCUGUAGGCCUAUACAAUGUAGCCCUGCUCCCUGGGAAGAAAAGAAAAAAUAUAUGAUUUAUGGAGGUGUUUGUCCUAUCAUGAAAUAAAUUAUUUAAUCAAUGUUUUCACAGUUCUGUAUGUCAACAUAUUGUUUAGGACUCGUCAAGGGUUUUGUCCCAUGUGGGAGAAGGUCUCCAUACCAAAGAUUUGUUUUCCUACAUUAAAUCAUCUGUGAACAGCAAUAUCAGCUGCUCUUGUGCCGCCAUCUGGUGUUUAGACUCCAUUACUGCAAUAAGAGUGGACCGCAAAUUUCACUCAGGGGUCUAAAUAAUCAAAAAGAAAAAUGUGGUACAUCUAUGCAUUUAAUGUCUCUCGCCCAUGAUACUUUGAUUUUCAUUUUUGACGUGUUUCACGUGUCCUUCGAAUACCCCACGUAACAUAGGCCUAUUUUGCUAAUUGAAGCAGGUAGUUGGUAUAGGCCUAUUGCCAUGAGCCAUGAUUUUGAAACAAAUACAUAGUUUGUCAGUCAUGAUAACAUGUGAUUCCUGUGUUUCAUUGCACAAAUAAAUGUCUCUUUUCUCGC